AUGUCAUUGGCUUCACCCCCGGCCUCGUUAGCCCCUCGAACAUGGACUCGAGAAGGUAGCGACUUUUUCAUUUCCAACAACCCAGCACUGCUCUCAGUCAAAGCCGUCAAUGAGGCCUUUGGGCGAGAUUUUAUCUACUGGGGCAAACCAUUCCCCGAAGACGUUAUGCGGCAGAUGCUGCACGGGUCCAUGAGCUUUGGAGUCUACAGGCGCCUUCAGCCCCAGCCAGAGUCUCAAGCGCAGAGACAAAAUAUAGAUUUGACGGCCACUGCAGAUAACACAGAGCAAGUGGGGCUGGCACGAAUUGUGACGGAUGGCUGUACGUUUGGCUAUGUCACGGACGUCUAUGUCCUCCCAGAGUACCAAGGCCAUGGACUCGGGAAGUGGCUGUUUGACUGUGUAGCGGAGAUCUUCUCGAAAGAAAAUAUGCCGCAUCUACGCCGCAUCAUGCUCCUCACCAAUGAGCCGCAUAUGCAGAAUUUUUACGCAAAGAUCUUCGGGAUGAAGGUGGUCGGAAGUGAGCCGCGGCCGGAUACGGGCCGAGACUUGGUUUUUAUGUGUGCGAGACCACAGACAAAGCCGAUGUCAGAGGAAAAGUAG